UACAUCCGUCCUCCCGCGCUACCAUAAACAUAACUAACUUUAACUUCCUUCAUCUCCGGGAAACCAGGCCUUCCAUCCAUCCCAUUCUUCCCUCCCAUCUUCUCCUAUCCUCUCCCCAAUCUCCCAUCUCUUCUCUCCUCAUUCCACCCAUCCAACAAAGCCCACCUCGAAAUUAACCAAGCUCUCGACCUCGAUCGAUCCGCGGGGCUCUCCGGCGCACCCUCCCGUGCGUGGCUCGGGGACCCCGAUCCGCCGCCGCCGCCGCCGAGAUCGACCGACCGACCCGGGUGGAGCGCCCCUGAUCAAAAGGCCGGCGCAGGCGCAGCGAUAUCUCUAUCCAGCUCCGUUCGCUCGAUCAACCUCAAAUGGAGAGCGGGAUGAGGGUGGCGCUGCAGCGGCAGGUGUCGGCGGGCUCCUCGGCCCGGCGGCAGCACGGCGGCGGGGAGCUGCGGCGUCAGGCAUCGUCUUCCACGCUGGAGUCGUCCCCGCGCACGGGCCGCGCCGCGGCCGCGUCCCGGUUCCUGUUCGGGCGGCAGUCGUCCAUGGACCCGAACCGGCGCCGCGGGCGGAGCCAGAGCCCCGUCCGCGCGGACAACCAGCAGCUGCCGGCGGACCUGGCCGUGCCGGACAACCUGGACGCCACCAUGCAGCUGCUCUUCCUGGCGUGCCAGGGCGACGCCCGGGGCGUCGAGCAGCUGCUCCACGGCGGCGUCGACGUCAACAGCAUCAACCUCGACGGCCGCACCGCGCUCCACAUCGCCGCCUGCGAGGGCCACCGCGACGUCGUGAGAGUGCUCCUCGACUUCCAGGCCAACAUCGACGCCCGCGACCGCUGGGGCAGCACGGCUGUGGCUGAUUCCAAGUGCUACGGCCACACGGAGAUCUACAAUCUUCUCAAAUCUCACGGUGCAAAGAUCCCGAGGAACCGGAGGACGCCGAUGAUGGUAUCGACGCCCGGGGAGAUACCGGAGUACGAGUUGAACCCCGGCGAGCUCCAGUUCCGGAAAGGGGACGAAGUUCUCACGGGCACGUACCAAGUUGCCAAGUGGAACGGCACCAAGGUUUCCGUAAAAAUACUCGACAGAGAAAGCUACUGCGAUCAAGAAGCCAUAAACUCUUUCAGGCACGAGCUGACGGUGUUCGAGAAGGUCCGGCACCCGAAUGUCGUGCAGUUCGUCGGAGCCGUCACACAGAACAUACCUAUGAUGAUUGUUUCUGAAUACCAUGCUAAUGCUGAUUUGGCGAGCUAUAUUCAGAGGAAAGGAAGGUUACAUGCUCAGAAGGUGCUAAGAUAUGCCCUUGACAUUGCCAGGGGCAUGACUUAUCUACAUCAGUGCAAACCAGACCCCAUUAUCCACUGCGACUUGAAGCCAAAAAAUAUCUUCCUGGAUAAUGGAGGCCAAAUGAAGGUCGGGGGAUUCGGCCUGACGAGAUUGUUGAAGAUCGCUCCUGACAAGGUGAAAUUGGCGAACCACGAGGCCCUUGUCGACACCUUCAGUUACUACACCGCUCCUGAGCUCCACAGGAACGAACUAUUCGAUUCAAGCGUCGACGCGUACGCCUUCGGGUUCAUCCUUUUCGAGAUGGUUGAAGGAUUACCUCAUGCUAACGGGAAGGCGUCGGAGGAAUCGAGCCACAUGCAGCCUCGAUACGACGGGAUGCGGCCAUCGCUGAAGAACAAGCUCAAGGGUUAUCCUGCAGACUUCAAAGCGCUGAUCGAGGAAUGCUGGGACACACACACCAUGGCUAGGCCGACAUUCUCGGAGAUCAUCAUCCGGCUCGACAAGGUCUACGCCCACUGCGCCAAGCAAGGGACCUGGAAGGAGUCGCUGAAGAUCUGGAAAUGACACGGGCCGUGUGCCGGCUUCUCUUGUGUACUUGUCACGGCGAACGCGUCGAUUUCUCUGAAGAGCGUUGGGUACAGAUCGGGCUGGAGGAUACCACACAUAUUCGCAUUCAAAUGUUUGAGUUACGUACAUACAUUGUAAAAGAUCCCGAGUUAAGCAGAUAUAGAGUGUGAAGUACUGGAACAAGUAUGCACCUUGUUGUUCUUGGUCCUCUUCUACAGCAGCUAGGAUAUGCUGAUAUGUUUAUCCUUAAACCAUAUUUUUCAGUUAAGUUAUUAUACGGCUUCUUAUAUGUAUCACUAGCGUGAUUAAUCCCAACGAACGCAGAACGUGACCAGAUUUCUAACGUAAA